AUGCAAAUGGCCACCAUAUUUGUGAAACACCCCGAGACUCAAAGCCAGUGCCUCUCUCAGCUGGGGGCUUUCUCAAAGCUACCAACAGAGAUUCGCCUCAUGAUAUGGGAAGCUCUUUUUCCUGAUUCAAGAAAACCACAGCCUCCUCGCAAAUAUCGCAGACCUGUGCCUCCGACUAAAAUAGCGAACAUCCUACACAGCAGCCGUUUCCUCUAUCAUGAAAUUAGAACCCUGCUUUACCGAAAUCUCGAGUUCAGAUUCAUAAUCAAUCAACGCCGGGUCAAAUUCCAGGCAACGUCCAAAACAUUGCAGAUUGACUGGAGAUUUGACAGCGCGCGGGAUAUGGACAAAUUUCACUCUACCUUCCCCUUUUCAACAAUUUCGACGCCACAUUUUGAAAUUGAAAUCCGCGGUGCAAAGUAUCCGGGGAAAGGUUCGAUCUUCACGCAAUGGGCGAUGGUCAACAAAGUUGUGGAAUUUGUGGAGAGACUACCGAUUCCUCCAUACGUCCAUGUAAGUUUCGUGAAGCAUUGGGUUGAAGACGGAUCUCCUAGAAAAGAUAUUCACCGUCUCCAACUUGAACUUGAAAGUUUGGACACAGAAUUUGAAAGCACAGAAGACACACAAGACACACAAUGGUGCCCUUUGACAGAUUAUAACGUCCUCAUCCUGCCAUUUACUACUAGUAGCCUCACCAACUGGCACUAUACCUUGCCUGCCGAGCUUCGAGCCGCAGUAUUGGAAGAUCCAGAUGCGCUCAAUCAAACAAGGCUACAUAUCUUCAAAAUGGAUAAUCCUACGAAGGUUGAUGGAUCUAACGAAGUCUACACGACAUUCGAGAUUUCAGAAACAAGCCAAAGACACUACAUCUAUGAGCCCUGCGAGACAUCACGGACCGAAGAAUGGGUAGAAAAAGUGAAAGACACCUUCGAUGAUUACGUAUAUAGUCUUGUAUACGAUCCCGAGCGAAGUGUACUUGAACCAACUCAUGACGAAAUCAUCGAGAAGCUCGACGAGACUUCUAGAUUCGUUCAUUGGAACUAUUUCUCCUGGCCCUUUUUACCCUAA